GGUCCAGGCUGCGCGUUGUGCUGUCGGCGGAAAGUCGGGAUCCGGACUGGUCCGUGUACAUGAACCCGGGGAGAAGUGGACCUGAGCUUCGCCUGAGGAGGAACAUGGAAUGGGAGUUGUGGAUUUGAGGCGCACGGCAUUGGAAAUGGGAGGUGUGCUCGCGGAGCUGCUGCUGUGGAGUUUUCUGCUGUCGGCGGUUCAGGGCUCUCCCCUUCUUCUUUUCGCCAACCGGCGGGAUGUGCGGUUGGUGGAUGCAGACGGCAUUCGGGGUGAGUCGGCCAUCGUUGUCAGUGAACUGGAAGACGCAGCGGCUGUGGACUUCCUGUACGAUGAGGGCCUGAUAUUUUGGACAGAUGUCAGUGAGGAAGCCAUAAAACAGACACACUGGAACCAGUCCUCCAACUCCCUCAAAGAGGCCCUGGGAACGGGCCAGGCUGUGGUCGUGUCCGGGCUGGACAGCCCUGAUGGGUUAGCCUGCGACUGGCUGGGUAAAAAGCUUUACUGGACAGACUCGGAGACCAACCGGAUCGAAGUGGCCAACCUGGAUGGCUCCUCCAGAAAGGUUUUGUUUUGGAUGGACUUGGACCAGCCCAGAGCCGUCGCCCUGAAUCCCGCUCAGCGAUACAUGUACUGGACAGACUGGGGAGAGGAGCCCAGAAUAGAGCGGGCCGGCAUGGAUGGCAGCAACAGGAAGGUGAUUGUGAAUGUGGACAUUUACUGGCCCAACGGUCUCACCAUCGACCUGGUGGAGCAGAAACUGUACUGGGCUGAUGCCAAACUUAGCUUCAUCCACAGAGCCAACCUGGAUGGAUCUGCACGUGAAGCGGUGGUGGAGGGAACCCUCACCCAUCCCUUUGCUCUGACACUGUCUGAGGACACGUUGUAUUGGACUGACUGGCAGACCCGCUCAAUCCACGCCUGCAACAAACACAGUGGAGAUAAAACCAGACAGAUCCUUAGUGGGAUCUACUCUCCAAUGGACAUCCAGGUCCUGGAGCCUUAUCGACAGCCUCACAUCGAGACGCCUUGCAGUGACAAUAAUGGAGGCUGCAGUCAUCUCUGCCUCCUCUCUCCAGUCCAGCCUUUCUACAGCUGUGCCUGCUCUACAGGAGUCCAGCUUCAACAAGAUGGAAAGACAUGCAAACCAGGGGCAGAGCAGGUUCUGUUGCUGGCUCGACGAACGGACCUGAGAAGAAUCUCUCUAGAUCUGCCGGACUUCACUGAUGUAGUGCUACAGGUUGACAACAUUCGCCACGCCAUCGCUAUUGACUAUGACCCGAUUGAAGGCUAUGUCUACUGGACAGACGAUGAGGUUCGGGCCAUCCGCCGAUCCCACAUUGAUGGCAGCAACGCCAUGAUGCUGGUUACCACGGAGAUUAACCACCCAGAUGGCAUUGCUGUUGACUGGGUGGCCAGGAACCUUUACUGGACCGACACCGGCACUGAUCGGAUCGAGGUCACCAGGCUCAACGGAACGUUUCGGAAAAUUUUGAUUUCGGAGAACCUGGUUGAACCGCGAGCCAUCGUUCUGGAUCCUGUUAAUGGAUACAUGUACUGGACUGACUGGGGUGAAAAUCCAAAGAUCGAGCGAGCCAACCUGGAUGGAACAGACCGAGUAAUCCUUCUCAACAGUUCCCUCGGCUGGCCCAAUGGACUCGCUAUCGACUACGCUGCUGGAAAACUGUACUGGGGAGACGCUAAAACGGACAAGAUAGAGGUGAUCAAUGUGGACGGCAGUGGCAGACAGAUUCUGCUGGAGGACAAGUUACCUCACAUCUUUGGUUUCACUCUGCUGGGCGAUUACAUUUACUGGACCGACUGGCAGAGACGCAGCAUCGAGAGGGUCCACAAAGCUACGGCUGUACGAGAAAUAAUCAUCGAUCAGCUGCCCGAUUUAAUGGGUUUGAAGGCAACUAAAGUGACCGAGACGCAUGGUACAAACGGCUGUGCAGGAGAUAACGGUGGAUGCAGCCAUCUGUGCUUCUGGCGUCAGCGGGCGGUCAGUUGUGCCUGUCCCAUGGGGAUGGAGCUCUUGUCAGACCUCCAGACCUGUGUGGUUCCUGAGGCUUUCCUGCUCUUCACCAACAGGGACAGCAUUAGGAGCAUAUCUCUGGGUACCAACAGCAAUGAUGUGGCCAUCCCUCUGACAGGAGUCAAAGAGGCCUCUGCUCUCGACUUCGAUGUCUCUGAGAGGAGAAUUUACUGGACCGACAUUCAGGCCAAGACCAUCAGCAGGGCGUACAUGAACGGAAGCUCUGUGGAAUAUGUGAUCGAGUUCGGACUGGACUACCCAGAAGACAUGGCAGUAGACUGGAUGGGUCAUAACAUCUAUUGGGCAGAUACAGGGACGAACCGCAUCGAAGUGGCCCGGUUGGAUGGCCAGUACCGGCAAGUUCUGGUCUACAAGGACUUGGAUAAACCACGCUCACUGGACAACCCACGGUCACUUGCACUGGACCCGGCAAACGGCUACAUGUACUGGACAGAGUGGGGGGGUCGACCACGUAUAGCUAGAGCCUACAUGGACGGCAGCACCAUCACCACUUUGGUGGGCAAAGUGGGCCGGGCCAACGGAUUGACCAUCGACUAUGUAGAUCAUCGGCUGUACUGGACUGACCUGGACACGUAUAUGAUUGAAAGCACCAACAUGCAAGGCCUUCAGAGAGAGAUCAUUGUGGACGACCUCCCUCACCCCUUUGGUCUGACUCAGUACAGGGAUUUUAUCUACUGGACUGAUUUUAACUUGCGCAGUAUUGAGCGGGCAGAUAAACGUAGUGGACUGAACCGGACCGUGGUGCUCCAGGGUCAGCUGGAGCUGAUGCUGGACAUCCUGGUGUUCCACUCCUCACGUCAGGACGGCACCAACGACUGUUCCUAUAACAACGGGAACUGUGCCCACCUGUGCCUGGCCACGCCUGCUGGUGCCCAGUGUCGCUGUGCCUCCCACUACACCCUGGACCCUGAUGGUAGAAACUGUAGCUCACCUUCCAGUUUCCUGCUGUUCAGUCAGAAGACCAGCAUCAGCCGGAUGGUUUUAGGAGAGCAGAGUCCAGACAUCAUCCUGCCCAUUCACGUCAUGAGGAACGUCCGAGCCGUCAGCUACGACCCCCUGGACCGGAUGGUCUACUGGCUGGACGGACGACAAAACAUCCGACGGGCAAGAGAUGAUGGAUCCAUGUCUGCAAUGAUAGCCAGCAGCACCGCUCAAGCUGUGGACAAUCAGCUUCAUGACCUAAGCCUGGACCCCUACAGUCGGCACAUUUACUGGACCUGUGAGACAACUAACACCAUCAACGUCCAGAGGAUGGAUGGUCACAACGUAGGUGUGGUCAUCAAGGACGACACCGACAAGCCAAGGGCCAUUGUGGUCAACGCUGAGAAAGGGUACAUGUACUUCACCACCAUCCAGGAGCGCUCAGCAAAGAUCGAAGGAGCCAGUCUGGACGGCACCGAGAGGGAAUCUUUGUUCACCACCGGGCUCAUCAGACCUGUUGCUCUGGCUCUGGACAACAAGCUGGCAAAACUCUUCUGGGUCGAUGCCGACCUCAAACGCAUUGAGAGCAGCGACCUGACAGGAGCCAAUCGGAUUGUCCUCCAGGAUUCUAACAUCCUCCAGCCGCUGGGAUUGACAAUUCUGGGAGAUCAUCUGUACUGGAUUGACCGGCAGCAGCAGAUGAUUGAAAGGGUGGACAAAUUGACUGGAGAUGGACGCACACGCAUCCAGGGACGGAUUUUCUACCUGACCUCCAUCCAUGCUGUAGAAGAGAUGAAUCAGCAGGAGUUUGCAUCCCAUCCUUGUUCCCGUGACAACGGCGGCUGUUCCCACAUGUGCAUCGCUAAAGGUGAUGGGACUCCUCGCUGCUCCUGUCCCAUGCACCUGGUGUUGCUGCAGGACCUGCUGCACUGUGGAGAACCUCCUACCUGCUCCACAGAGCAGUUCACCUGCUCCACUGGAGAAAUCGACUGUAUUCCUCUGUCCUGGCGAUGUGACCACCUCCCUGAAUGUGAGGAUGGCAGCGAUGAAGAAAACUGUCCUGUUUGCUCCUCCUUCCACUUCCAGUGUGAUGAUGGGAGCUGUAUCGAUGCUCAGAGGCGCUGUGAUGGAGAACUUGACUGUCCUGAUAAGUCUGAUGAGCAGGACUGUGAAACCAUCUGCUCUCCCAGCCAGUUCCGCUGUGGUGACAACCAGUGCAUCCUGAAGAAGCAGCAGUGUGACAACUACUCCGACUGCUCCGAUGGAUCCGACGAGCUGGCAUGUGAGUUUGUUUCUCCUCCGUCGAACUUCAUCCCAAACCCCGAUCCCAACCCCAUCGGGCCCGUCAUCGCCAUCAUCCUGCUGGUGUUUGUGACCGGUGGAGCUUAUUUUGUGUGUCAGCGUGUGGUGUGUCGGCGCUACAAGAACCCCAACGGGACGUUUCCUCAUGAAUACGUCAGCGGGACACCCCACGUUCCCCUUAACUUCAUCACUCCCAGCAGCUCUCAGCAUGGUACCUUCCAAGGCAUCUCCUGUGGGAAAUCCAUCAUGAGCUCGGUCAGCCUGAUGGGCAGCAGCAGCAGUGGGGCUCCUCUCUACGACAGGAACCAUGUGACCGGAGCUUCGUCCAGCAGCUCGUCCUCCACCAAAGGGGCUUUCUACCCUCAGAUCCUGAACCCUCCUCCUUCUCCGGCCACUGACCGUUCCCUUUACAACACAGAGAUCUUCUACUCGUCCAACAGUCCGUCCACCACCAGAUCAUACAGGCCGUACCACCCGAUCCGUGGCGCCGCCCCACCCACAACACCCUGCAGCACCGACGUCUGUGACAGUGACUACACCCCCCACCCCCCCGCCGGCCUGCCGUCAUCGGCGAGCCGCUGGAAGGCCUCAGGCCAUGGUAAACACAACAAGUACUACAUGGACCUGAACUCAGACUCAGACCCCUACCCUCCACCCCCCACCCCACGCUCUCAGUACAUGUCAGCUGAGGAGAGCUGCCCCCCAUCCCCCUCCACAGAACGAUCCUACUUCCACCUGUCCCCCCCACCCCCUUCUCCCUGCACCGACUCCUCAUGACCCCCCAACAAACAAUGAGCCCUGUGAGGAAGAAAGUGUUGAAGACUCCUGGCUCCAGUUUUUUUAGGGAAAGACCUCCUCACCUCAGACAUGUGCCCCUACAUACCACGGUGGUCAAUCCAUCAUUCCAGUUGUCCUCCAGAUGUCAGGUCUUCUGAUGAGAUGUGUCCUGCAGGCUCUGCUCUGCCCAGAGGCUCAGAGAGGAGAAGAACUACAGCUACUCCUCCUUCAGCCUUCAUCUUCUUCUCUUGGGUCACUUCUUCCUCCAAGACUGAAUUCUGACCCUAAAACCUGGGGAAGCUCCUUCAGCUGAGAACUGAUGCCAAACAGUGGAGGAGGGAAAACCUCAAACCGCUGAAUCCACAAACCAAGCCAUGGACCCUGCCUCUCCGACCCCCUGCUGCUGUCUCCUCUUCUUCCUCCUCUUCCUCCUCCUCAGAGACAGGAAGCAGCAGAAAUGUACAUAGUGCUGGAAUUAUUUUCAGAUUUCAUUCAUGAUGGAUGAUCCAGAAAAAUGACAGAUGAAUGAGAGGAAACAAAAGAAUGAUGGAUGGAUGGAUGCAUGGAUGGAUGGAUGGAUGGAUGGAUGGAUGCAUGGAUGGAUGGAUGGAUGCAUGCAUGGAUGGAUGGAUGGAUGGAUGGAUGAACCUCGUAGAUCUUCCUACAAACCAAAACCUGGUGUCCAUGUGGACUUGUUGUACAGACAAGUGAUGAAGUGACUGAACUGUUAGAGGUGGACUCUCAGUCUGAAUCGUCAUCACCUCCUCUUUCCACUCUUCGUCCUGUUUACCAAAACUAUGUUUGCUGCUAUUGUGUACAUAAUCAUCAGAGGCCAAAAUGACCACUCUCAUUCUCACAUUAGAUUAUGAAGCUAUUUUACACCUCCUAACUAAUUAUUCUUAUAGUAUCUCGUCGUAUUUGUAUGUUCUUCGUGUAGAUGAUCAUGUAUGUCUGUCUGGUCUGGUUUGAAGGAGUCCUUCUGGGUUUCCAGCUGAGACUUUAAUCCAGAGCUGUUUCAGGAUCAGCUGAAGGUGUGGGAGACGCUGAGUCUGUAGUAUGUUGAUCUAACUGUCAUGAGAAGGUUUUAGUUGUAGUCUAACAAGCACUUGAGGCCUAAGGUUUGGACCUCUGAGGGGGUAAAACCUGCUGAAUACGUCCCCACAUCAAACUACCAAAGCCAGAUAUUUCCCUCACAUCACAAUGAACUGUUGUCUUGACUUUCCUCUCUCUGUGAUGGGUUCUGACCCGUGAUGACCAUCCUACCUUCAGUUUCACCACCUCAGAUCAGAGGUCUGUGAAGUCUGAGGACAGACUAAUUCCUGUUUUAAUGUUCAGACUGGGACCAGAAUCAAAAUUGUAAUAACACAGUAAAUAUGAAGAAUAGGUUGGAGGGACUCAGAAAACCAAGAGUCCUCCAGAAGAGUCAGAGUCCCCUGACUGAAUCCAAAGGAUACACCUUGGAUCAGGAGGCAAAGCCUGCGGACUGGCCUCGGAUCAACAUCCCACUUUGGUUCUGGAUCAGCUUCGGUUCCAGAGCAGCUUCGGUUCAGCGUUGUGGUUUUCCAAGCAGCACAUCAGGAACAUGGCGGGCUCUGACCCCUGAGUCAAACCACUAUGCCACUAAAAGCCCUUAAAACGCUGUAUUUGCUGUCUCAGCUAAGAAUGCUUCGUGUAAUUUACACUUUUGUAUCAAAAGCAUUUUUAUAUAAUAAAGGUUUUAUUUUAAGGAA